UCCUAAACUGUGCUAAUAGUUUUAUCCAAAACUUAACAUAAAUUUAAUGUCGAAACUUGAACUCCUGUUCAAGGGUACAAUACAUGGUGCAGAGAUCACUGAGAAAAUUUAUGCUUGGAUCAAGACACUUAGCUCAGUUUGGAGCAGCUUGCAUUUUGAGAGUUCCAUAUAAUUAUUGCCAAUACGCUAUGGCUUCCUUGCUGGUUCCUCCAUCUUCUCUUCAGAGUCAAAAAAAAGUAGAUUAUGAAGCUUUCAAUGUAACUCUUAAAAAAGUGCCUUGCUUGAUGUUACCGAGCAAAGAAACAGAUCAAAUUGUUAACCAGUUGAAGAAGUACUUAUUAAAGUUACCAAAAUUUAGACCAGUUCAAACAGACGAAAAAACACAACAAAUUGUGAUUCAUCUAGAUCCACGGGAAAUUUCAAAUAUAACACCUACACUUAAAGAAACUAUCAGGUGGAGCGAAUUAUUCUGUGAGAAAGAUUUGGAACUUUCAUAUGAAAACUGGACAAGAGAAGAAAUUCUUCGAGCUAUACUUCCUAAGGAAAUAGAAGUUCCUACUUCAUAUAGUAUUAUUGGCCACAUUGUUCACUUGAAUCUUCGAGAUGAACAAUUACCUUAUAAAAGUGUUAUUGGUCAAGUAUUACUUGAUAAAAUACCAAGUGCAAAAACAGUUGUUAAUAAACUCAAUGAGAUAGACAAUACUUACAGAUAUUUUGCUAUGGAAAUUUUAGUUGGGGAACCUAAUACUGUUGUCAGGGUUAAGGAAAGUAAUUGUACUUUUGAAUUUGAUUUUUCUAAAGUUUACUGGAAUCCACGACUAGCUACAGAGCAUGAAGCAAUUGUAAAAUUACUUAAAGCAGGUGAUGUACUGUAUGAUGUGUUUGCUGGAGUUGGUCCAUUUUCAAUACCAGCUGCUCGCAAAAAAGUUUGUGUUCUAGCUAAUGAUUUAAAUCCUGAAUCUUACAAAUGGCUUGUAAAUAAUGCUAAAUUAAAUAAAGUUACUAAAAACUUAACAGCAUUUAACAAAGAUGGUAGAGAAUUUUUAAUGAAUGAUGUAAAAAAAAAUAUACUAAAACAAAGACACGAUGCUAAUAUGGGUCAAGAACACAUAACAAUGAAUCUACCAGCUCUAGCUGUUGAAUUUCUUGACGUUUUUACUAAAAAUUGGUUAAGCAUAGAUGAAAUCAACAAAAUCAAGGCAAAACCACCAAUUGUACAUGUUUAUUGUUUUAUUAAAGCAGCUAAAACUGAUGAUUUUAAAGCAAUGGCUAAACAGUUGAUUGAGCAUAAUUUAGGUGUUGAAGUUCCAAAGAAAGCCUUAAUUAAUAUUCAUCAUGUUAGAAAUGUAGCACCAUGCAAGGAAAUGAUGAGAGUUUCAUUUUUACUAGUAGAAGAGAUAUUAAAGGGUCAAAAUAUUGACAAUAUGGAGGAGCCAGCUAAAAAAAAAACAAAAUUUGAAAAUACUAAUACAGUCGAUUGUCACGAUGUUCUAGGAAUAAACAAUGGGAAAGAAGGGACAGAAAGGAAACCAGAAAAAGAACAAAGGAAACAAGAAUGUAUUCAAAGUUACUGGAAAGAAAUCGAAAAAGGCCAAAGCUCAUUGGAUUUAGGACAAGGUAGCAAAUUGAACAGCGAAAAAACAAAUAUGAUAAAUAAGCAGUUGAAGGAACUCAGCAAAGAAGUCUAUAGGUCAAAAACAAACAUUAAAAAAUCAGGCACUGUCACUCCACUCAUCGCAAAGUCUAAAUUCACAAAUGAUAAUAGUGGAACUAAAGAACAAGUCUUGAAAAUGUUAGAUUCCAUGCAACUUUAA